AUGGAUACAAUUGGCCUUGAUGAAACAACCACUAUAGAAAUAAAUAAUAAUAGUAAUAAUAAACAUAGUUCAUAUAGUAGUAGUAGUAGUAAUAAUAAUAGCAAUAAUUUAAUUAUUUCUAAAAUACCAAAUAAAAUAAUUGAUUCAAAUAAUAAUAAAAAUAACAAUAAUAAUAAAAAUAAUAAUAAUAAUAAUAAUAAAAAUAAUUAUUAUAAUAUAAAUAAAAGUUCCAAAAUGGAUAUGGAUUAUUUAUUAGAUUGUGUUCAAAAAACCCAUGGAUUAAUAAAAGAUUUAACAGAUUCAAUGUUAAUAUCCAAUGACCAAGAAGAAAGAAAACAAUUCCAAAAACAAUUAAAUGAAAGUAAUAAUUAUUUAAAUGAAUUAUUAUCAAAAUUAUCAUAUAUAAAAAAUAAUAAUAAUAUUAAUAAUAAUAAUAAUAAUGGUAAUAUAAAUUCAAAUAAUGGUACAAGUUUUGGUGAAAUUAAAUCAAUUCCAUUAAUGAGCAAUGAAACUGGUUUCACAAAUAAUAAAAUUACAAAUAAUUUUAAUUAUUCAGAAAAUAAAAAUAAUAAUAAUAAUAAUAAUAAUGGCCAAGAACAACAUGAAUUAUUUUCAACUUCAAAUAAAAUUGAAAAUAAUAAUAAUAAUAAUAAUAAUAAAAUUAAUAAUGAAAAUAAUAAUGAAAAAAAUAAAAAUAAUAAUAAUGGCCAACAUAUAAUUCCAAAAAUUUAUAUUUCAGAUCACGAAAUGGCACCAAAUAGUGAAUUUCAAAAUAUUGAUUCAAUUUCUCCAUCAUCUCAAUUAAUUUGUGGUGAAUCAAGAUUAACACCAGUUUCUGAAAGAAAUGAGUUAACAUCUCCUGCAUCCUCGCUACCCUCAUUACCAUCUCUACCUUCAAGUAUGCCAAAAGAAAAUAAAGAAAAUAAAGAACCCAUUAAUCAACAAGAAGAGGAGGAAGAAGAAGAAGAAGAGGAUGAGCAAAAAAAAGAAGAAGAGAAUAACCUUGUAAAAAUGACAACUGUCCAAGUUGAAAAUACUCAAGAGAAAAUACCCCUAGCCAAAUCAGCAACAAUAUCAACAACAAAUAAAACCAUAGAAAUAGAAGAGCAAGAAAAGGGAAUGGAUAGUGAAAAAUUAAAAAAGACAAUUAAAUCAUCAUCAUCAUCAUCAUCAAAUUUAUUCAAUGAUUUUCCUAAACCUUUUAUACCAUUUGUUCAAUCAAAUUAUAAUACAGAAGAAAGGAAUGAAGUUUUACAAAUUGUAAAAUUAAUUCACUAUGAAUAUGGUGUUCAAAUUAAAGAUAAAACUGGUCAAUUAGAUAAUUAUAUGUAUAAUAUUAAUUUUAAUCCACCACCUCAAUACAUGUGUAAUAGCAAUGAUAUCAAUAGUAAUAAUAUCAAUAGUAAUAUCAACAACAAUAAUAACAAUAUGAGUAAUAAUUUAAAAAAGAAAUUAUUAAUUAUAUCAAAUGAAAAACGUAAUAAAAUGGGACCACAAAUUCAAAGAUCUCCUGAAGAAACUUAUUUAUCAAAUCAUUUCGAUGAAGAAGAAUUAUCAAAUUAUUUCUCUCACAGUUUUAUGUCUCCAAAAAUUGUAAAAUCACCAUCUUCUUCAAAUUUAAAUAAAAUUAAUCAAAAUAAUCAAAAUAAUAAUAAUAACAAUAUUAUUAAUAAUAAUAAUAAUAAUAAUAAUCAAAACAAUACAACCACCAAUAAUAAAAAUAAAAGUAAUAAUGAAAAGAAUAAUGAUAAUAAUACUGUAUUUAAUAAUAAUACAACCACCACCAACAACAAUAAUAAUAAUAAUAAUAAUAAUUCAAGUGAAAAAAAUAAAGUUAUUGUAUUUGAAAAGAAAGAACCUGGUCAAUUUAUAUUUAAAAAGGAAAAAGUAGCAAAAUUAUCAACAUCUUUAUCUUACUCAAAUUUAUCAUCAUCAUCAUCAAAUGGAGGAACAGCAGAAGAUGAAGAAUAUGAUAGAUAUUAUGAUUCAUUUCAUUGUGUUGAAUUGGUUGAUGAAGAUUUAUUAGUUUAUGAUAAUGAAGAUAUUUAUUUUAAUGAUGAAGUUGAUCAAAAUAAAUCUCCACUCAUUUCACCAUCACUUUCAAAAUCAAAUACAACAACAACCACAACCACCACCACCACCACCACUACAGCUACAUAUGCAAAUGUCAAUGCUAAUGCAAUUGCAACAAUUGGUAGUAGUAGAAAAAUUAAUAAUACAUUAUCACCAAAUAUGAAUAAUAAUAAUAAUAAUAAUAAUAAUAAUAAUAAUAAUAAUAAUAAUAAUAAUAAUAAUAAUAAUAAUAAUAAUAAUAAUAAUAAUAAUAAUAGUAAUAAUACAUCACCAACAUUAACUACACAAGAGAAUAAUGGUAUUUCAAAUGGUAGUGGUAAUGGAGGUAGAAAAAUUCAUUAUAGAUCAUUAUCACAUGGUAUCAUUAAAACACCAUUUACAAAUAAUAAAUUAAAAACACUUCAAAUUUUCGUACCAACUGAACCUUACACUUGUAGAUUAGAAAUUACAAUUGAAGAAAAUGUCACCGUGGAAAGAUUACUCAUUGAAGUCAUUGAUCUAUGUAUUAAAGAGAGAAGAAAAAUUCAAUAUCAUAAAAGACAAAAAUUACAAAUUCAACAAUUACAAUUAUUACAACAACCAAUAAUAACAACAACAACAACGGUCGCAGUACAAUCUAAUAAUAAUAAUAAUAGUAGUAAUAAUAAUAAUAAUAAUAAUAAUAAUAAUAAUAAUAAUAUGACAUCACCAAUUAAUCAAUCACAAUCAUUAACAUCUUCUACAACAAGUUCAAAUAUAUCUUCAUCGUCAUCAUCAAAUGCAUUUUCACCACCAACAGUUUCAGUAUCAAAUCAAUUGAUAUCAAAUAAUAAGAAUGGAAAUGAUUUUGAAUCAUUAACAUUCCCAUUUUUAAUUUAUACAAAUCAUAGAGAUUUCAUUCUAAAGAAAUCUGAUGAAAAUGGUGAAAUCGAUCAAACUCUUCAACCAAUCAUUAGAACUACUGAAAUUAAAAAAUUAAAAACUGAUUGUUUUUCUUUAGUUAUUAAUCCAAAAGCAAUUAGAGAUACAACACAUCAUCCUCAAAUUUUUAGAGUUCAUAUUAUACAUUCAAGUAAUAAUAUUAAUAGUAAUAGUAAUAAUAAUAAUAAUAAUAAUAAUAAUAAUAAUAAUAAUAAUAAUAAUAAUAAUAAUAAUUAUAAUAAUAAUAAUAAUAAUAAUUGUAAUAAUGGAAUUGUAAAAUCAAUUAGUUUUAGUAAUAUUGGUGAAGUUGAUCAAUCAUCAUCAUCAAUAGCGCCAUCAUCAUCAACAACAGCAGCGACAGCAGCAACAUCUUCAACAACAAAGGAUUCAGUUGCAGUUGUUUAUAAAUCUUCAUCAACAUUGGCAUCAAUAAAAGCAUCAAUUUGUAAAAAAGAGAAUUUGGAAUUAAAUCUUUGUGUUUUUAUGACAAUGUCAAAUGAAGUUAUUCAAAAUGAAAAAAUCACUUUAGUUGAAUUAAAUUUACCAAGUGUUAAAUUAGUUUAUGAUCAAAUAAAACCAAUACAAAAAUCAAUAACACCAUUUCAAUCAGAAGGUGUUGUUGGUAAUGCACCAAGACCAAUUACAAAAUUAUUAGGCCCAAUAUUCUUUUUCACCCCUGAUAAUAUUUGUGAGAUUAAACAAUAUGUCGUUUCAAAGAUUGGUAAAUUAGGUGUUAAAAAAGAUAGAUAUAUGGAAAUUAGUAAAGAUAAAAUUAUGUAUUCUCAAUUUGAUUAUUUACCAUCAUCUUCAGUUUCUCAAAAUGGUUUCCAUAAUAAUAAUAAUAAUAAUAAUAAAGAAUAUUAUGGUGGUGGUGUUGGUGGUGGUGGCGGAUUUACAAAUUAUAAUAAUUUUAGUAAUGCUAAUUUAAAUAAUAAUAAUAAUAAUAGUAAUUUUGGUAAUGGUAAUGGUAAUGGUGGUAUAAAUGGUAAUAAUGGUAACAAUAGUGGUAGUAAUAAUAAAGAAAAUGGUGGUACAGGUGCAGGUAUUGGUGGUGGAGGUGGACUUCAACUACCAAAUAAUAACAACAAUAAUAAUACCACUCCAUUAAAAAAUAAUAAAUUCUUUAGAUCCUUUAGUUCUGCUGUAAUAAAAACACCUUAUCAAUUAAUUAAUGAUAUUUCUGGUGUUGGUAUAAUCAUUAAUAAACCAAAUUCAUUCUAUUUAAAAUGUAAUAACAAGAAUUCUGAAUACUCAUCCACCGAUGCUGAUGAAAUAGUUGCUAAAAUUCAAUUUAUUAUUAGAUUAAAAAAAGAAAAUUUAAUUUAA